AUGACAGCAUCUGUUGAGAUAUUGCAGUCCGAGUAUGGUUUGAGCUUUCAACCCGGGGAUUCAUGCCUUCAUGAACGGCUAUCUGAGUUCCUCGAGACCAAGGCAGCUCAAGUGGAGGAGAAGAAGUGGAUGAUAAACCUAGGGACCCAUGCUAUCAUCGUCCGAGAUCAACUUACCAAGGUCUUCCAAAAUCUCCUUGCGGUUAAGGAUAUUGUGACAACUGCAGCGAAUGCAAGUCUAGCAGCCUCACUUGCCUGUGCUGGAAUAAUGGCUUGUUUUACGACGGUUAUCCAAGCAGCAGAGCAGCAUUCCCAUCUUUUGCAAGGCUUAGAAUCUAUUUCUGAUUUGAUUUGCCGACUUCACGUAAUGGAGCGCCUCUAUUUGCACUCGAGCACAGAACAGGACAUUAGCCUCCUCGAUAAUCUUCGGAAAAUCAUUAUUUCAUUCUACUCAAAGAUACUAGAAUUCCAAGCCCGAGCGCUCUGCUAUUUACACAAACCUCGAGCAUCCCGGUUCUGGAGAGAUGUUCUUAACCGGGACGGCUGGACCAACCUGCUGCAAGAAUUUGAGAGAUACCAGAAUACAAUAGGUCGAACCACUUGCGUAAUUGCAGAUGCAGAAUCAAGGCAAAGGCAUGAAGAGCUUCAAAAUGAAUAUAAAAAGAUACUGGAGGCCUUACGCGAUCGCGAUACAUGGACAACAACAUCCGAUCGAGACAAGCAGGUGAAACGGUUUCUGAACCUGCUCUACACUUGUCCCUAUAAGGACCGGAAAGACCGAAACAAUAAGCGUGUCCCUGGGACCUGUGAGUGGUUCAUAGGACACAAUAAGUUCCAUGCCUGGCAAGGAAGCUCAGGCGACGAUCUUUCCGGUCUACUAUGGGUAUCAGCUGAUCCAGGAUGCGGCAAGUCGGUCUUGACUCGAUAUCUAGUGGAUGAAGUUCUUAUCAGCAAUGAUAAGCGAACAGUCUGCUAUUUCUUCUUUAAAGACGAUUUUGCUGACCAGAAGAGUGCAACAAGCGCGCUUUCAGUGAUAUUAAGGCAGCUAUUCAUAGCUCAGCCUCACCUUUUGCACGAUGCAAUCCUGGACAAAGUGGACACUGAUGGCGACCAGCUGAUCCAGUCAUUCUCAGAGUUGUGGAAUAUAUUGAUGUUAGUUUCGACCAAUCCCAAGGCAGACGAGAUAAUCUGUCUCAUUGAUGCCUUAGAUGAGUGCCAGGACGAGGAUCGGAACCGGCUCAUCAAUGCCGUCAACGAUUUCUACUCAGGCCCCCAUAAUAAUAGCAAGCUGAAGUUUUUGUUCAUGAGUAGACCCUAUGAGCAUAUACGGCGUGGUCUCUCUGAUCUCAUAACAAUUCUACCCACAAUUCAUUUAAGUGGUGAUGGUGAGAGAGAGGCUGAGCAAAUUUCACAAGAAAUCAACCUUGUUAUCUCGACAAGAGUGCACGAUAUCAGCAGACAGAGAUCAUUGACGAAUGGAGAGUGCGAGAUGCUCAUACACAAACUUACUGCGGUUUCAAAUCGAACUUAUUUAUGGGUGAGCUUGAUAUUAGAUGUUCUUGAAAACACCCCGGAGUUCUCAAAAGGCAAGGUCCACCGGAUACUGAGCGAUCUACCUACCACCGUCGACAGUGCCUAUGAGAAAAUAUUGGAUCGGAGUCCUGAUAAAGAGAAGGCAAAGACUGUUCUUCAUAUCAUUACAGCUGCCAUGCGACCUCUUUCCUUGGAUGAAUUAUCUCUCGGUCUUGCACUUAGUGCAGGUUAUCAAGAUUCGACAGAUAUAGCUGAUAACAUGGAACCAGCAUAUCGCUUCAGGAAGACUUUGAGAGACCUUUGCGGACUCUUCGUGAUCAUUCUGGAUGACAAGGUCUACCUCCUUCAUCAGACCGCGAAGGAGUUCUUGGUACAGGAUAGCAACUCUACUCCGGACAAAACUCUUUCGCAAUCCACAACA